AUGGUAACAUUGAUCAUCCCCCCACUCCAUUACUGUUACCCCUCUAUUCAUCCCCCCACUCCGUUACUCCUCUAUUCAUCCCCCUACUCCGUUACCCCUCUAUUCAUCCCCCUACUCCGUUACUCCUCUAUUCAUCCCCCUACUCCGUUACCCCUCUAUUCAUCCCCCCACUCCGUUACUCUGUUACCCCUAUUCAUCCCCCUACUCCGUUACCCCUAUUCAUCCCCCUACUCCGUUACCCCUCUAUUCAUCCCCCCACUCCGUUACUUGGUUAUCUCUCUAUUCAUCCCCCACUCCAUUACUGUUACCCCUCUAUUCAUCCCCCCACUCCGUUACUCUGUUACCCCAAUUCAUCCCCCUACUCCGUUACCCCUAUUCAUCCCCCACUCCAUUACUGUUACCCCUCUAUUCAUCCCCCCACUCCGUUACUUGGUUAUCUCUCUAUUCAUCCCCCUACUCCGUUACCCCUCUAUUCAUCCCCCUACUCCGUUACUCCUCUAUUCAUCCCCCUACUCCGUUACCCCUCUAUUCAUCCCCCCACUCCGUUACUUGGUUAUCUCUCUAUUCAUCCCCCUACUCCGUUACUCGGUUACUCCUCUAUUUAUCCCCCACUCCGUUACUCCUCUAUUCAUCCCCCCACUCCGUUACUCUGUUACCCCUAUUCAUCCCCCUACUCCGUUACCCCUAUUCAUCCCCCACUCCAUUACUGUUACCCCUCUAUUCAUCCCCCACUCCGUUACUUGGUUAUCUCUCUAUUCAUCCCCCUACUCCGUUACUCCUCUAUUCAUCCCCCUACUCCGUUACCCCUCUAUUCAUCCCCCUACUCCGUUACCCCUCUAUUCAUCCCCCUACUCCGUUACUCCUCUAUUCAUCCCCCUACUCCGUUACCCCUCUAUUCAUCCCCCCACUCCGUUACUUGGUUAUCUCUCUAUUCAUCCCCCUACUCUGUUACUCGGUUACUCCUCUAUUUAUCCCCCCACUCCGUUACUCCUCUAUUCAUACCCCUACUCCGUUACCCCUCUAUUCGUCCACCUCUCUGCCACCUUUCUAUUCACCCUUUCUUCAUUGGUCUCCCCAUUCUCCUUCUCUACCCAAAUUAAUCCACAAAAACAUAUUGUUUUUGUGGAUUAAUUUCUAUAUCACUAAGCUCCUCCCCUUUCCCAGCACCUCCCCCUGUCAGCCCCGCGUUAAACAGAUUACAGAGGCCUCUCUGCUAUUAACACGCUGUUGGGACUGUGGCCUAGCAGUGUAUUGUGGUGUCCAGCUUA